AUGGCGAACUCCAGAAAGGUCAGGAAACGACCUGUCACCCUGUCGAAAGACACGAAACCUGGUCUACGAUCAAAUUCUCACAAGGCGACACAACAGACCAUUUCAAAAUUCCAUGUCUUGCUCAAGCGGAAAGCGGCGUUGACAAAGCAGCUGAAAGCGAAGCCCUUAUCUGAGAAGAAGGAGGAGGAUGUCAUUCAGGUCCAAUUAGCCCAGGUCGAUCGAGAGCUUGACAGCCUCGGCGGUAUCGAGGCAUAUCAAAAGGCUAGCGUCUACGGUCAAUCGGUCGAACGCGGAGGAGACAGCGCCAAGGUGCUCAUAGAAUGGCUCAAGAAGCGGGACGCCUCACAAAUUGAGCUCGGCGCUCUCAAACCGGACAAUCUCGCAUCCUGCGCCUCAUGGAUCGAGAACCACCCCAUCGAUCUUCAUUCUCUACACCCAGAUAUUGAGGAGCAAGACUUUUUCAACCGGCCACUCCCCACGACCGACAUGGAUCAUUUCGAUAUUAUCAGCUGCAGUCUAGUCUUGAACUUUGUCGACGAUUCAGAACGUCGAGGUCAGAUGCUGCGACUCAUUCACAGGCAUCUCGCGUCUCGCGCUUCUUCUUUACUCUUCCUGGUGCUCCCCCUCCCCUGCGUCAAAAACUCUCGAUAUGUCACAUUGGAGUCUUUGCGAAACUUGAUGCGAUGCGUGGGUUUUGAACAGGUCGAAGAGAGAUGGAAAGAGGGUGGUAAAGUAGGAUACUGGUUGUACACAUGGAGGGACCCCACGGAAUCGAAUAUUGAACGAUGGGGCAGGAAACGAGUUCUGGUCGAAGGACCGAAGAGGAACAAUUUUGCCAUCUUGCUGAAAUAG